AUGGGACAAUACAAACUUCUCUUAAUAAUCUUGAUAUUUUCUUUCCAAUCAUGCAUUAAUGCUCAAGCCGACAACAACACAAGCCUAGGUCAAAGUUGUUCCGAGUUUGGCAACUCCUCAUUCCUUUCCGCGUCCUAUAAAUCCCAUCUCUCAACUCUUCUCGACUCGCUCGAAAAAUCCGUAACAGCCCACAACGGUUUCUACAAAACCUCCGUAUCCAAUGACGUCUACGGCCUCAUUCAGUGUCGAGCCGACGUUUCAACCUCAAAUUGCGCAAAUUGCACUACAAACUCGAUCAACAUCGCUCGGAACGAAUGUCCCAAUAGCAAGACCGCCACGAUCUUCGCUCGGUGGUGUUUCCUUCGCUACGAGGACAAGGAUUUCACGGGAAAGGAGUUGGAUGAGGGAUCCUCGAUGGGGACUUCAAACGAAGAAUUGGAUGAGACGGCGGUGAUUGCGAAAGGAGAGACUUUGAUGGGAGAAAUAGCGAGGAAUACUUCGAGUGAACCGAUGAUGUAUAAAGUGGGAGUCGUGGAUGUGGGGAGCGCGGGAAAGAGGUAUGGAAUGGCGGAAUGUAAUAGGGAUAUGACGAGAAUGGAUUGUGGGAAGUGUUUGGAUGGGUUGCUUACGGGAUUAUGGACGCUCUUGAAUAAGAGAGGAUGGGAAAUGUAUACGUCUGGGUGUAGAAUGUGGUACGAUGAUUAUCAAUUUUAUUCGAACAACUUUGUCUCAAAUCCGUCUCUUGUCAGCUCGGCUCAAGCCGAUCCCAACAACAUAAUCGUCUCAAGCUGCGCCGAAUUCGGAAACUCCACAUCACAUCCACUUCCCGACACAUACAAAUCCCAUGUCCUAACUCUCCUCGACAAUCUUUCCAAAUUCGUCACAACCCACAACGGUUUCUACAAAACCUCUGUUUCCAACAAUGUUUACGGUCUCAUUAAGUGUCGCGCCGACGUUUACCCUUCCAACUGCAAUUCAAAUUCCUUCUACAUUGCCCUCAAGGAAUGCCCCAACAGCAAGACAGCCACGAUCUUCGCUCGUUGGUGCUUCUUGAAGUAA